AUGAAGCAGCCUGACUGGGGUUACACCUACCACACCCGCUUCCAGGCUGUCAUUUCGACCUGCAGGGCUCGGAGGAGAUCAGGAACCCUGCUGUCUCCAGGGUCUCAGGCUCUGGCCAAUCAGCGAUCACAAAUACGUCUGGCCAAUCGGGGAGCUCCUAUUACGUCGGCCACUCGGGGAACUCCAAUGUGUCUGGCCAAUCGGGGAGCAACACUCUCCAACCAAUCAGGGGCGUUGGGCGGUCGCUGCGGGCGGGGUGUGUUACCGUGGAGACGGAAGCUGAUGUUGGGGUUGCUCCGAGUCCGGCUCCAUGGGCCCAGGCCCAGGCCCAGGCCUCAGCCUGAGGCUGAGCGUGAGGCUGAGGAUGUGGUUGGGAAAGCGGGGGCCGAGGGAGAGCUGCGGGUCGUCAGGAGGAUAGACUGUGAGGUACCUGUCAUUUGCUGCUGUUUUAAUCGAUCUGCACAGCUUCUGGCAGUGGGAUUGACGACUGGACAUAUCAAGCUUUACAAACCGUGCAGUGGGGCAUUUGUCUACCAGCUGAGGGACACAGAGACUCUGAACACCAACUUACCCGUCACGAGCCUGAACUUCUGCCCACCAGGAGCUGCCAGUGGUGACUUACUGCUGGCAACAUAUGCUAGCGGGAAGGUGAAACUGUGGCACGUGUCGACCCAGAAGUGUCUGCACACAAUCGUGGAGAACCAGCAGACGUUAGCAGCAGCAUUCAAUGCUUCAGGGACUCGCUUUGCCAGUGCAGGGACAGCGGCUUCAAUCCGACUGUAUGAUACAGCCAGUCGGCAGUGCCUACAAACCUUCGCAUCCAGCCCAUCUCCAACAGUCAUGGAUGGUCAUCGGUCCCGUGUGUUCGCAGUGAAAUUUAACCCCCACAACUUGACAGAGCUGGUUUCAGGAGGAUGGGACGACACUGUGCAGUUCUGGACUGAAAAUCAUCCCCAUUCACUCAGGAGAAUAUUUGGCCCCCACCUGUGUGGUGACUCUCUGCAGAUUCAUCCUGUGACCAAUGAAAUUCUGACAGGUUCGUGGAGGAGGGAGAACAGUUUGGAGGUCUGGGAUUAUCAAUCGGGAGAGAAGAUUCAAGAUAUUCCUGAGGAGAAUGGUGCUUACAGUCUGACGUACAGCUGCCGCUGGCUGGGACCUGACCAUCUGAUCGCUGCAGGGACCAGGAGCAACGUCUGUCGUCUGGUGCAUCGGGAAACAAUGACGACAGUGGGUCGGUUCGGGAACCUGCCCCGAGGGGUGUACAGCAUUGACGUCUCCACAGACCGAUCUGAGAAAUCAAUCGUUGCCGUUUGCAGCGAGAACUACGUUUACCUUCUGGAACAUCAGCAAGUUUAACUGAUGUAGACUCCAUUCACCAUCUCAGUAAGAGACACACAGAGAGACACUCUCAGUAAAUUUCUGUAUUUUUUUCAUUUU